CCAUUUUGUCGGCGUCAUAAAUUUUUCGAGCUGUUUGAACUUUGUACUUGUACUUGUUUGUGCGUCACACUAUACGUUACACUAUAGAGUCUGUUCCACGGGUUUUCAGAACGUGCUCUCGGGUGGAAUUUUUUGAAACAUAUUUUUCAUCGCGAGCAGUUGAUCGUCACAGUCGACCUAUCUGUAUUGAGUUCGAUUUAUCGUUUACCUACGAAAGCACUCCACUGUACGUUCGGAGCGGACAGCCAUGUCGUCGGAUAUGUACGAGUUACCUAGCCUGUUGAAGACGGCGUACCACGCUUGCAACAAGACCGAGCGUACCAGGUUUGACCUGAUAGAAGCGCCGGACGUCGAUUUGCGCAGAUGUUGCGAGUCGCUGUUCGCAGUGUUGAAAGCCGACAGAGACCGAAACGAGAACGACGACAGGAGGACAAUGUACGGCAGAUCGACGUUGCCCGUCGGCGACCAGAGGUUCGAAAAGAUAUGCGAGACGGCGGCGUUUUACGGACACAUCGACUGUCUGAGACUCGCCCGCGAGAUCGGCGUCCCGUGGGACAGCCGUGACAUAUCCAUCGGACAUCCGGAUACCAUGACGUACGGUUCGGCGUGUGACAUGGCUGCGAAAUCGGGCAAUCUGGAGUGUCUACGGUACGCCUGGGAGAACGGUUGUCCCUGGGAUGCUCGGACUUGCAGUAACGCCGCGUCGGGAGGUCACAUGGACUGUCUCGUGUUCGCACGGGACAACGGUUGCCCGUGGGACCACUACACGUGCGACAACGCGAUGUCUAGCGGUCAAAUGGACUGUCUAGAGUACGCAUGGUUCAACGGCUGCCCAUGGGCCGCGUUCUCAGACCCCGAGGACAACGGUGAGACAGAGUUACUUUAUUACCCAACUAAAACGGGUGCCAAUGGGACGCGUUGACGUGCAGCGUCGCCGCGAUGAACUGUCCCAAACAUGCACGGCACCAGGGGUGCCCAUGGGACGAGGAGACGUGCAUCAACGCAAAACUGCGCUGUCACGUGCAAUGUUGGGUCUACGUUAAGAAAACGGUUGUCUCUGGAACGAGAGUGAAUGCAACUUACUCUCUUCAAUGGGUUAUUUAAAAAAAUGUAGAAUAUAAUUAUUUAAUUAUUAACAUUAAUAUUGUAGUAAUGUGAAAAUAGCAAAUAUAUACGUAUUUAUCUCAUUUUUACUCAUAUAAGAUUUACUUUUUGUAUAUAUUGCGCACACACUCUAAAUUACUACUUCUCAUAUAUAUAAGGAUUUAAUUAUAAUAAUGAAUUAACUGUCAUUAUUUAUUUUUGUAUUUUUUUUUAAACUUAUUAUUGCCUUUUAUUUUUAUAUAUUUUUAUUAUUAGCGAAUAAGCAAUUUUUGUGUGUUUGAAUACAUAUUUAAAUAUUAAUUUUUUUGUUAAUUGGUUCA